AGGCUUUUUGGCAACCCUUUUCUCUCCCUUAGGCAUAUCCCCUCACGCAUAUACUAUAAUACUCCCAAACCAAAACAGAAAAUGUCUUCUCUGCUCGCUUCAGUUGACCUUCCUCCAAAGAAAGAUACCACGACCGAGGUUGUCCGUGACUCUGCAAAUUAUCAUCCUAGCAUCUGGGGGAAUCAUUUUCUUGAAAAUGCUUCUCAUGACGUGAAGGUACACAUCAUUGAUGCUCAUACGGAGCAACAAGUUCAACAACUGAAAGAAGAAGUGCGGAAGAUGAUAAUAAGUUCUACUGAUAACUAUUCACAAAAAUACAACUUGAUUGAUACAAUACAACGCUUAGGGGUGUCUUACCACUUUGAAAGUGAGAUUGAAGAAGCUUUAAAACACUUGUCUGAUUAUUAUCAUGUCUCUUGUGAAGAAGAUGAUGACGAUCUUUGUACUGUUGCUCUCCGAUUUCGAUUACUUAGACAACAUGGGUAUAAUAUUUCAUAUGAUGCUUUCAAAAAGUUCAAGGACAACAAGGGGAACUUCAAGGAAUCCCUCAUUAGAGAUGUGAAAGGCAUGUUGAGCUUGUAUGAAGCCACGCAUCUGAGAAAGCAUGGAGAAGAUAUACUGGAUGAAGCACUUACUUUCACUACCACUCAUCUUCAGUCCAUGCCAUAUUUCUCCAGUCCUCUGGCUGAGCAAGUAGUUCACGCCUUAAGGCAGCCUCUCCACAAGGGCAUUCAGAGGUUAGAGGCCAGGCAUCACAUUUCUAUCUACCAAGAAGAUGAUGCACACAGUGACGCCUUAUUGAAACUUGCGAAGUUGGAUUUCAACCAAUUACAGAAAGUACACCAGCAGGAGCUGAGUGUUAUUGUUAGUUGGUGGAAAGAUUUAGACUUUGCGAAAAAACUGCCUUUUGCAAGAGACAGAGUGGUUGAGUGCUACUUUUGGGCACUGACGGUGUACUUUGAGCCCCAGUAUUUCCAUGCUAGAAGGAUACUAACCAAAGUAAUUGCCUUGACUUCUAUUCUUGAUGACAUCUAUGAUUUGUUUGGUACACUUGAAGAACUCGAGAUCUUCACUGAAGCAAUCGAGAGGUGGGAUAUUAGUUUCAUAGGUCAACUUCCAGAUUACAUGAAAGUGUUUUACCAAGCACUAUUAGAUGUUUACAAUGAAAUUGAGGAAGAGACGGUCAAGGCAGGAAGAUCAUACCGUGCCCAUUAUGCAAAAGAAGCAAUGAAAAAUCAAGUUAGAGCAUACUUCGCUGAAGCAAAAUGGCUCUUCCUACGACAUAUGCCAACAAUAGAGGAGUAUAUGUCUGUCGCCUUACCUACCUCUGGAUACCAGUUGCUAGCAACCACGUCCUUUAUUGGAAUGGAAAACAUGGUGACAAAGGACACAUUUGAAUGGGUUUUCAGUGAUCCUAAGAUUGUUAGGGCUUCAUCCACAAUUUGCAGGCUUAUGAAUGAUAUGGUACCCCACAAGUUUGAACAAAAGAGAGGACAUGUUCCCUCAGCAGUUGAAUGUUACAUGAAGCAACAUGGUGUAUCAGAGCAGCAAACACUCGAUGAACUUCACAACCAAGUCAGGGACGCCUGGAAGGAUAUGAAUCAAGAGUGCCUCAGCCCAACAGCAGUUCCAAUGCCCAUCAUCAUGCGAGUUUUAAAUCUUGCACGUUUUAUUGAUGUUGUGUACAAAGAUGAAGAUGGCUAUACUCAUUCUGAGACUCUGCUAAAAGAUCUUAUAGCUUCACUGCUAAUCCACCCAGUUCCGAUAUGAGCUCGCCACUAUAUUUCCUAUGGUCUCUCUGGAACUUUGUUCCUGCUCAAAUUGAAGAAUAUGCCAUUCUUCAAUCUUAUUCUGUCUCUGUUUGUGACUGCAAGUUAAUUUGCUUCUUAGAACAAUGUUACAUGUUUAUCCUUUAAGCGCUGAGAAAGUUCCUCUUU